CCCGGAAGUGAUUCAGCUAAGGUUAUUGGAGCGAAUACUUAGCAGCACUGCUAACAAAACCGAAUUUUUAGCUAACUCGUAAACUUGCACUUGGGGUUUUAUAAGAGGUUUCAGUCCACGUUUCGUCACAUCCUGGAGUGAACAAUAACUUUCACACAGGUUUGCUUGCUGCGUGUCCUUAGAAUGACACGUUUGUUGCUCUGAACGUGAUGACCGAUUUAUUUUUAAAGAGAAGGAUCUGGUUGUUGAUUUUAUAGCAUCGUUCUCUUGAGUUAACAUUUGACGUGACAGACAUGGAGACUCCGGUUAUUGAAGAUAUGAUCGACUUUCGCCGGUUACCCAAAGACACACUUGUGUUCCUGCUGUUGGUGAUUUACUUUCCAGUUGGUGUUUGUUUGAUGUUAUUACGGAUUUUUAUUGGUGUCCAUGUAUUCUUGGUCAGCUGUGCACUACCUGAAAGUUUUCUAAGAAGAUUCAUUGUGAGGGUUAUGUGCUCAGUCUUGGGAAUGCAUGUGAGGCAGCAAAAUCCUCGAUCCAGAGACAAAAACACCAAACUUUACAUAUGCAAUCAUGUGACAGAAUUUGAUCACAACAUAAUCAACCUCCUGACCCCCUGCUGCACUCCGCAGUUUGAGGGCUCCACCGGUUUUGUAUGUUGGGCCAGAGGCUUCAUGGAAGUGCACUCUGCGCUUGGCAGGGGAGCGAUAGGAGAGUCGCUUCAGAGGUACUGCUCCACCGAAGGUGCCUCACCGUUGCUGCUGCUGCCUGAAGAGGAUACCACAAAUGGACGUGCUGGCUUGUUAAAGUUCAGUUCUUGGCCCUUUUCUCUGACAGACUCAAUUCAACCAGUGGCUCUGAGAGUUGCAAGACCUCUCAUUGCUUUGAGCACACCUGAGACCAGUUGGUUGGCAGAGCUGUUAUGGACAUUUUUUUCUCCAUUUACAGUGUAUCAUGUAAGUUGGUUGCCACCAGUUUCGCGAGAGGAUGGUGAGUCCUCGCAGGAGUUUGCCAACAAAGUCCAGGAGUUGCUCGCCGGCGAACUUGGCUUGGUCUCAACAAAAAUCACUAAAGCUGACAAAGCCGAGCACAUCAAAAGGAAACGACGUGCCCUCCCGCAAACAUCUACAAGCUUAAGAGCUGGCUCAAUUGGCCUGGGUUUCAUGGUGCAGGGUUUGGGAGCAGAGGAGCGUAGGAUAGCUCAAAUGGCCCAGCAGGUGAAGGACGUACUGCCUGACAUCCCCCUCAAUGUCAUCACAAAGGACUUGGCAAAAACCAAUUGUGUUAAUGUCACCAUAACAAACUUGCUGGAAAAUAAGGAGGAAUCUUCAGCAGAAGAUACCGAGGGGUCGCUGUUUGGGGGUUCUGUGAACGGCCCUUAUUCCUCCACUUCUGCACAGACUAUAAAGCCUGCUGCAAAAUCUUUUGGGAAAUCACCUGCUGACAGGCAUUUGUCCCUUCAAGAGAGGAAAGAAGCUCUGUAUAAUUUUGCGAGAAGACGUUAUAUUGAAAAAUAUGGAUUGGAUCAAGAAGACGGUCACUGAACACUUUGGGUCACGUCAGCAUUCCCAACAAGAAAAAAAAAGACAUUCAAUCUGUCUUGUUUGAAAGAUGAUUUUUAUAUUCAAUCAGCUGGUGGUGAUGGUGAUGGAAAAUUGACGUGCUCGACAGGUCAAGGAGUGGUCUCACCAUAUACAUUAUAAGUUGGUGGAAGGGUGCAUAAUGCAUGUGUUCAAUUCUUCAUUCUUGCUGAUGCAUAAUUUUGAUAACACUUUGUAUUAUGAUCCACUGACUGUGAAUCAUCUAUUUAUUUUUAUAAUGUCCAGAGUCAUCGAUUACAAAUAAAGUUCGGUUUGACCUUG